UCACCCAGUCAGGUGAGGUGAAUUGUCAAACUGCCUGCUCUCAUGCUUUGCAGCAUUUUGUAUUUCAUUCAUUGAUUUAAUACGUUUUCACCUCGAAAUUAUGGCUGGAAAAGUAAAAUGGGCCACAGAUAUCGAGAAAUCAGUGCUCGUAAAUAAUUUUGAGAAGAGAGGCUGGAUUCAGACAUCUACUGAUGAAGACUGGAACUUCUAUUGGAUGAGUGUACAGACAAUUCGAAAUGUUUUCAGCAUUGAAAAUGGCUACCGUCUGAAUGAUGACCAAAUUGUGAAUCAUUUUCCAAACCAUUAUGAGCUGACAAGGAAGGACCUGAUGGUAAAGAAUAUCAAGCGCUAUCGUCGAGAGUUAGAAAGGGAAGCAAGCCCACUUGUGGAGAAGGAUGAAAAUGGCAAAUAUGUUCAUUUAGAUUUUAUUCCAGUCACGUUCAUGCUGCCUGGUGAUUACAAUUUGUUUGUUGAGGAGUUCCGAAAGAACCCAACUAGUACUUGGAUAAUGAAACCGUGUGGAAAAGCUCAGGGAAAAGGAAUUUUCCUUAUCAAUAAACUUUCCCAGAUCAAGAAGUGGUCACGAGAUAGUAGGACAACUACAUUUAUAUCUCCUGCUGGGAAAGAGGCAUAUGUCAUUUCAUUGUACAUAGAUAACCCGCUACUGAUCGGUGGAAAGAAGUUUGAUUUACGCUUGUAUGUGUUGGUUACCUCCUAUCGACCACUGAAGUGUUACAUGUAUCGGCUAGGAUUUUGUCGAUUUUGUACUAUGAAGUACACGCCAAGCACCAGCGAAUUAGAUAACAUGUUUGUGCAUCUUACAAAUGUGUCUGUACAAAAACUGGGAGGUGAUUAUAAUCCUGUACAUGGUGGGAAAUGGUCAGUAAAUAACCUGAGGCUGUAUCUGGAGAGCACACAGGGGAAAGAUGUAACUGAUAAACUCUUUGAUGAUAUUCACUGGAUUGUUGUUCACUCGCUGAAAGCUGUGGCACCAGUAAUGAUUAAUGAUCGGCACUGCUUUGAAUGCUAUGGUUAUGACAUCAUCAUCGAUGACAAACUGAAGCCUUGGCUCAUUGAGGUGAAUGCUUCACCUUCACUCUCUUCUACCACUGCCAAUGACCGCAUUCUGAAGUACAACCUCAUCAAUGACACCUUAAACAUUGUUGUACCAAAUGGUGAAGUGCCAGACUGCAAGUGGAGCAGAUGCCCACCAAAGGAAGCACUUGGAUACUAUGAACUCUUAUACGAUGAAGAAUUGGCACAAAACGAAGGUAUGGAGUGUGAAGGGAAACCACGUUUGGGACCUUCUCUGAAUAAAGGCAGUCGACAGAAAGAGACCAGGAAGCCUUUUUCAACUUGGAAAUAAGACUAGACUGACACACAAACAAUGUUCAUAAUGAUGCACUUUUGUCCUCUCAUUCAUGUAGCACAAUGUCAUACCAUCCAAGGUCUUUCCUAAGGUGAAUUGACGUAGCAAAUUUAAAAGUUGGGUCCCUAGUAUUCUAAUCUACCUUUCCUGCAUAGACCACCUGUUCACUCAACCUAGUAUAAAAGACUAUGCAAACAUUUAUCAAGUUAUUUGUUAAAUGUACUAUAUUGUCUGCUUAAAAUGUAUUUCUGGUUUUUAAAAUGACAACAAAUAAGUGAGCAGCUGGUCUAUAGUGCUGCAAACCUACAUCAGUAACUGUAAAAGUACUUUGUAAAUACAUAAGGGAUCAUUUGCAAAACUAUAGAAGUGUCAAAUCUGAUAUGAAGUGAAUAUCAAUUUGCAUUUAACAUGACCAAUUAGCCAAAGCCUUUUUUGAAGCUGGUAUAGAGUUUUUAAAGAAUAGUGCAGAAAUUGCUGUUCCCAUCACAGUACUGCAGUUCCUUUUGCACUGAAAACUGGAAUGGGACUCUAUUUUAUUUGUAACUACUGCACUUAAACCAGAGGCUGAUUGAGAAAUUUAUUCAAAAUUUAUGAAACUAUUUCUGGUAUCUCACAAGCUUUAAAAGAUUCCUCAUACUUGAUAGCAACACUAAUGGCUUUGGCUUUUCACUCAUGAGUACUGGGAUAUCAUGAAGAUGUCCAGAAAUGUGCUUUGAGUUUGUAGUGUUUAUUAUUUGCAACCACAAUGUACCUCAAUAAAUCUCAUGUUCUGUAAUGUUUUCCAUUCGUUAUACAACUUCUAGUAAGAAACUGUCAUAUUAUUAAACUGUGGUCAAAGUUAUUGAACUGUAAAAUUACUAAUUGUUUUUUCAGCACUGAGGAUCACUCCCAUUUGCCUACUGUACAAGCUCGUUGUUUGAAAGGAAAUUGCACACAAUUGUGAAUAAACCACUUUCACCACCCCCUUUCAGCUGGCACCACUUGAUCAUUUUCUCUCAAGUCUCCAUCCUAUCAUACAUUCCCUUUGUUCACUGCACCCCUUCACUGCAACUUAAAACAUGUUAUGAUUUCUAACUUUUCCUUGUUCAGAUGAAAGGUCAUCGACCUGAAAUAUUGUUUUUCUCUCCUCAGAUGCUGUGACCCACUGAGUAUUUUCACUAUCUGCAACCUUUAUUUUGUUUUUAGCUCCGUCACAUACUUGUUAUUGUUACUGCCUCCAAACAUUUUCCACACAUUUGCAUUUCCUCAAAAAGGGCAACAAAAUCAAUACUAACCAUGCUAGUCCAAGUCAGUUAUAGUUCCCUGCCUUCCACUUAAGUUUUGAUUGGCAUAGAAGGCAAACCUCGGAACUUUUGCAUAGUAACGGUUCCUAUUUAAACAAAGCUGGUGGGAGUGUUGGGUAUCUCAGUGCAGAAGAGGAACAGAGAUGAGAAAUUCUGCAGAUGCUAGAAAUCUGGAGCAACACACACACUCACACAACGGAGAAAAUCAGCAGUCAGGCAGCAUCUAUGGAAGGAAAUAAACAGUCAACAUUUCAGGCAGAGACCCUUUGUCAGGACUGGAAAGGAAGAGGGCAGAAACCAGAAUAAGGUUGUGUGUGUGUUGGGGGGGGGGGGGGGGGAACCACACACAGGCAGGUGACAGGUGAGUCCAGGUGAAGGGUGGGGUGGGUGGUGAAGGUGUAAUAAACUAAGAAGUGAUAGGUAGAAGAGGCAAAGGCCUGAAGAAGGAAUCCAGUAGGAGAGGGCAGUGAACCAUGGAAUGGAGGAGGGGAGGAGAUGGGCAGCUCAUCAAGGCAGGGGAAGAGAGCCACAGGAAUGAGGGAAGACAAAGGAGUGGGGGGGGGGGGGGGGUAGUUGUUACCGGAAGUUAGAGAAAUCGUUGAGGCCAUCAGGUUGGAGAUUCCGAAGGCGGAAUAUGAGGUGUUCCUCCUCCCAACCUGCGCCUAGCCUCAACCUGGCAGUAGAGGAGACCAUGGACAGACAUGUCAGUAUGGGACUGGGAUGUGGAAUUGAAGUGGGUGGCCACUGGGGGGUCCUGGCUGUUGCAGCGGACAGAGUGAAGGUGGUCAACGAAGCAGUCACCCAAUCUGUGUCAGGUCUCACCCCCCCACCUUCUCAUUCUGGCUUCUGCCCUCUUCCUUUCCAGUCCUGAUGAAAGGUGUCAGCCCAAAAAGUUGACUGUUUAUUUCCCUCCAUAGAUGCUGGCUGACCUGCUGAGUUCCUCCAGCACUCUGUGUAUUACACAAGAGGAACACUGAUUCAUAUAAACAUACCAAAUCAAGUCAAUGAAAGUGUUGGUCUGGCAGUGGUAUCCCUUUGCCUCAUGAGCAGAGAUGUCUUUGAAGCAUUGUGUGGCCACCUACAUAUUUUGCCAUUAUAAAAAUAAUUGACAAAAUGCAAUCAUUUGUGGAACAGAAAAAAAAUACUAUAAACUGAAUUGAGAGAGACAUAAGAAGCUGCAGAUGCUGAAAUCUGGAGCAACAACGUGCUGGAGGAACUCAAUGAGUCACACAGCAUCUGUGGAAGGAAAGAAAUAGUUGACAUUUCAGGUCAAAACCCUGCAUCAGCACUUCCUGAUUCAGGGUUUCAACCUGAAACAUCAACAAUUUAUUUCUUCCCUCAGCUGCUGCAUGAUCCACUGAGUUCCUCCAGCAUAUUGUUUGUUCCUAUAGUAAUUUAAAUUAUUUGUACUCACUGGUAGCAAGACUACUUCAUUUCUCUUUACAGAAUAUAUUUCAUAUUUUCAUUGUUCUACAUCUUGCAUUUACUUGUCCACACAGCUAGCCCACCUUUGAUAACCACUCAUGAUUUCCCAUUGCUUUUUCGAAGUUAUUAGUUGUUUCCUUAACUUAAGUCUGCAUGCAGAGCUUCUAGAUAUACAUAUUUAAAGUUUGCUAAUGAAGAGGAAAUGUUUGCUAAUUAAGAGGCAAUUAUGCUAAUGAAGAGGAAAUGCACACAUCUGUAACUAAACAAAACAGGGAUACUAGUUUGGCCUGUUCUCCUAAUGGUACAACACAGUAGAAUUUCCUCAGAUCUCUCUGCAGAGUGGUAAUCACAGAGCAAGCAUUAGGUACUUUAUAUUGGAGGGUGUCAGAGUGAGAAUUUAAUGGGAAAGACCAUAGAUAUCUGCUGGGGAGGACAUUUGCAGUGGUUGGGAAGGACAAGCACUAACAAAAAAAAUUUAAAAGCAUCUAAAAAUAGAGAAAGAUGGGAUGCUGACAACAACCCCAAUAAGGCCAGAGGCCAUCUAACACCAAUGUUAAAUUCAGUUUAAACCCAAUUCAGUGUUCAGGGUAAAUGCUAAUAUAAACUAUGUCAAACAAGCCUCAAGCACCCAAUGGCCAGCAAUGAUUUCAGCCCAGUUUCUGCCAGAGUGCAGCAUUUCAAAUAGAGACAUCUGCAUACAAUAAAAAUGUCUCUUUUUAUUUUAUUUUAUUAUUUUCUUAUUUACAAUAAAAAUGUGGAAAAUUCAAAUUGCAGAUGCUGCAAAUCCAAAAUAAAAAUAGAAGCAGCUAGAAACACUCAGCAAGUCAGGCAGCAUAUGUCAAAAGCCCUCACAACUGAAAGAAAGUUGAUAUUAGCUGCAGAGGAUGGGGAGGAUACACAGGAGAAAGGGAACAAGGCGAGGCCAUGGUUACCCUUGAGAUAAGCUGUAAAUGGGGACAUUUAGGGAGAGAACAUGGUCUUUUGUUCAUUAAAACAAAACGAACAAGGAUAGUUAGAAAGCAAGAACACAAAUGAAUGUAAAAAUAAAAUCACAAAACACGAGGCUUGCAGGACCUGCCCAACAGGUCUGCUGUGCCUCCAUUAGCACAGUACGACCUGCUGAGCAUGUCCUGCAAGCCCCCUGUUUUGUAACUCUCACAUUCCUUAGAGUUCUCACUCUCCAACUGCCCUCAUUCUACAGUCUCUAUUGUCUCCUGCCCUCAUUCCAAAGCAUUUUCAAAUGAAAUAUGUUCUCCCUCUAAUUGCCCCAUUUACAGCUCAUCUCUAGGGCUACCUUGGCCUCACUCAGUGAUAUCCCAUUUGUCAUAUCUAUCCCUCCUCCACUCAAUAAUAACUUGUUCUCUCUCAUUCCCAGUUUGAGGGGUCAUUGACAUCAACUAUUUCUCUUUCCACAGAUGCUGCCUGAUCUGUGGAGUGUUUCCUGCAUUCCCCUGUUUUUAUUACAAGUUCAGAUCAUUUAUAUACAAGCUUUCCCAAAUGCAUCUUCAGGCUGAAAGCUUACAUCUUUCAUUUUUUUUUGCUUCUUAUUUGCAUUAUCACUUUAUUCAAGUGGCCAGAUUCCUAACUGCUUUACUGUUUUGAUUGGUAAUCACUUAUUGGGAGUUCACAAAAAUGACAAAAACAUGUCUUUUUUAUUGCCAGGCCUCAUGUAUAUAAUAUCCAAUUACUCUCCCUAAAGGAAAGCAGAGCACC